AUGACAGAGCCUGAGGGCUCACCUUCCUCUCCAUUUUCUCCUCCGUUCACUCUACCCGACCCCCAUGUAUGCAAGCAGGAUUCCUUCCGGAAAGUCUGGAAUGCUUUCAAAGAAGGAGGGCAUCAUGCUCCUGACGAGUUUCGACACUGUCUUAUGUGCGCCGCGGACCCGAGUCAUUCCUUGGCCAUACCUUUCGGGUCUGAGGCUGAGAGUAUGACCGGAGAUCAACUCUGUGACUUUCUGGCGUCUGAUGAAGGAGCCCCAUACUUUCAACAGCUAGCCACCGGGAAGCAGUUGUGUCAAAGUUGUCAUCUAUCAGGCAUGGGACCAAAUGUGUUUCAAGACGAUCUGAAAUCACGGACUGUUUUGAAGAUUAGAUCAGACACAGGGUUUUGGCUCUGCACCUGUGGAGCUCCUACUCUGCUAUGUCUAGGCAUGUCCAGAAGGCCAGAUCAGUAUGGAAUUCUGUACCCUUCAGAAGAGAGUGGCCAGCCCCAGGACUCAGAAGCGAAAGCAUCAUGCGGAUUGGUUUGUGUUGUAAGGGGCUUCACGAAGGGAUACGUACCGUCGGUGGAUAGAUGGAAUGAAUGGGAGGUAAAUACAUUUGAUGUAGCCCAAAAUUAG